UUUCGUUCUACUCGACAAUUCCAAAAAUCAGUGCCAUUGGCUUUAGCUUUGCCCUUGAACUUGAAAUCUCGUGCCUUAUUCUUUCCUGGGGACUGGUGUUGGAUAUUGAACGGGCGGAGUUACCGCCGGGAUGAUGGAUGAAGGAGAUGAUGGCCUAAACUUGGCUACGCGCAUUCUCAUUUUCGCGUGGCCUGCCACUAGUGUUUCGCAGAUUCACAAAGGGUGUCACAGGCAUAGCUGGAGGAAGAAAGGCUGGAUUCAUGCAGUUCACACUCCUGUGGAUUCGCUAGUGUUCGUGAUUCGCUAGUGUUUGGUGGAAACUUUCUGCACAGUUUCAACAUAAGCGGUCAGCUUGCCGUGGCGGACAUUGAAGAAACUACUCAGGGUUCCGCAGAAGUUCCGCUUUCCCUUCUUCACGCAGCUCAUGUGGUACGCACUGGACAAGUACGCGCACUCUCUGCGUUACUGCCUGGAACAGUUUCACGGGUACAAGCCUGAUGACAGUACCACCAUCACACCCACUGGCACCAUCGUCAUGGACACCAUCGUCAUGGACGCCAUAGAUACUGUGGACAACACCAUCGACAUUGCAAUGGACACCACCAUUGACACUGCCAUGGACACAAGUACUAGCGGCAAGGAGAAAGAAGAGAGCGAUACUUCCCACACUGCUACAACUACUGCUGAUGCUACCGAGCCGAGUGAUGCGAAGUGUGAGACGGAGAGCGUUGCAACACCAGAGCCACCUGUUGCCGACGCCACCCCGGCAAAGUCCACACGCGUUGAGAAAGCGCACGUUUCCGACAGCCCGUCCUCCGCUAGUCCCAGAAUGCGGCGUCGCAAGGCUGCAAUCGCCGUGGCCGCCGCCAUUUCCAUCACCGUGGCAACACCGACGCGUGCCUCAGCCGCCUCCGCCAGCUCCAGCCCGACCCCAACGCGUGCAGCAGCAGACAGCGCAGCCGCCGUAGCCAGCUCCAGCCCUACCCCAUCGCGUGCCGCCUCCACCCCGUCGUCAUCGCUGGUGGUGCGUACCAGUGCUGAGUCGUCACCCAGUGCACUGACGGAUGAGACGCGGCCGGAUCAUCCUUGCAUCUCCACCAACUCCAGUGCCAGUAUAUCAUCUCGUGACGACCACAUUGAAGUCUGAAUUUGAAGUGCGAAGAUGCUUCAGCAACCACAUCGUACUUUUCCAUUGCUUUCAUUGUGCUUCUACUGUGCAUGGGUGUAACUUGUGGGGUAUAUAUGUGAUGACAUUGUAUGCUGGCGACACGGUCAGAUUUUGUCCAUGCGUGUAAUGUACACCUGCAUGUUAUGCAUUGAAAAGGAUCUGCCACUUGCGAUCCUGGGACAAGUAUCAGGUCAGCUUUGUCUUGUGUGGGCUGUACCAGAUUGCUGUUCACUUUUCCAUCUGUUGGAUAUGUGACUUUCUGCAAGUCUCCGGUGUAUGGUGGCCACUUCUUUGCUUGUCACUUUGUAUGAUAUUACAUUCUUCAUUCGCUGCUUCCAUGGCGUGGUCUGCAAACUGCAAUCCUUGGGCAAAUGUCAUGUUUGCUAUGUUGUGCUUUGGCCGUCAGCUUGUCUACACGUUGUAGUUGAAUUACUUUGUUCCACA